AUGACGCUAGUCCACGAGCACGGUAUCAUCCUCAACGCGAUGGUGCGGUUUUGUCUGUGUUCCGCCGAGCCCCACUCCAUGCAGCUGCUGCGCCAUGGGUUAUACCCUGGCACCUGGGGCGAUUGGCCCCGAACCGCGUUCACGCUGACGGUGAUGGAGGUCUUCGAAGCCCAUCUGCUACAAGCGCAAAGUAGCGUCCACGACCUGUAUCUCAUACUCAGACGCAUGACGGAUCGAUUCAUACCUGGGUCGGUGCAGAAUCGAGAACGGGAGAUUCUACAAGCGACCCGCGAGUAUGCCUACCUGAUGCUCUGUCUGCGUCACGCCCACCGUCCUGGGUGUCCCUUCAAACACAACGCCUUGGUGACCCUCUGCCCGGCCUGCCCACACCCGGGCAAGAACAUGCGCCCAGACUGGGAAUGGAGAGAUGCUCUGUUUAGCUUUCUGGACGAGUGGUUCAUCGAGUUCGACGGAAACUUCAGGCAAUUCUUACGACCAAAGACGAGUGACCCCCUAGACCUUGCGUACGCCGCCCUCAGCUCCUACUUCGCCAACUCUGAAGACGUCGCCAAACACCUGGAGAUGGUUGGAGACAAGGACAAGGAGCCCAGCGACUGCAACAACUUCAAGGCCAGCGGGCACACUGGACACGUCGGCUCCGUGACGGGCCUGAUCGCAGGCGUGUGCAGACAUGGAUUCGUUGCUGGCGGCAGCAUGAUUAACUUGAACAAAGGCGAACGUUUUGCCUUCAUCCACUUCUCAUUAUGGAAUGCAUCCCAGCCUUUCCGCACGCUCAAAAGGUUCAAGAUCUGGUACGACGUGGGAUGUAUGCUUGCAGUGAAUCUGAAGAAGCGCAUGAAGGACUUCCUCGACCCCCCGGACACCGGUGACGAUGAGGAUGAGAAAUACUAUCCCGCACUCGAGGUUUCCAUCGGAGACUUUCACAUCAAGGCGCACAAGGAGGAAUGCCAAACCGUGUACAACUCCAUGACCCAUCGAGGUACCGCCCGAGUGGGAGGGGAGGAGACCGAGCAGUGCUGGGCGGAGCUCGACCCGACAUCAGAGCGCACGCAAGAGAUGGGUCCAGGCAAUCGAGAAGACACCCUCACGUUCGCUGUCGACAAUCGCAAUCAGACGAAGAUGUACAACAUCAACAGCGACAUUAAAAAGCGUCACGACAAGGCACUCGAUCGUCGGAAGAAGCACCAGAACUUCAUGCGAAGUCUAGAGUCCACUAUACCCGACGAUCUCUUGGGCACUUGGGAAACGGAGAUGGAAGCAUGGCUAGAUACGAUCGCCGACCCAACGGAAGACGACGAUCUUGCCUGCCUCAAUCCAUUUCUGCCUCCGCUGAGUGCUCAUGGCCACACGGACCACACCCGAACCAUCGGAAACGUCGCAGCUAUGGUGCAAGCGGUCAACCUGUGGGAAGAUGGGUACGUUUUCGUCGAUCGCAACACGGGCACUGCACUCAUUCUCCCCAGGCACGAAAUUCAGGUGGAACUUAGACGUGUCGAUAGGAUCAAGGGCGCGGAGAAGGACCGUCAACGACGGCUCGUCACCCAACGAAUGAAGGCGUUCCGUGAGGAGGUCCUAAGCUGCAAAGAGACUUACGACCACAUACCUCACACCACGGAGAAGGAUCAAAUGGAAGACCAACGCGCGAACAACCUCAUCCUGGAUGGGACCUUGCGAGAAUGGGCCGAAGAGGUGAGACUGAUCGACGUCUUGCUCCCCUCUAUGCUCCACAAGGACGUUCGGGAACGAAAGGCACUCUCUCCUUUCGUACGCCUGGAGACUCAGCUCCGAGAACAGAUGGUGCAAGAUGCCCUGGACAACGUGCGACGCUCCAUUGUCCUUACGACCUCCGUAUCCGAUCUCCGGGAGAAGACGGAAGCUGGUGCCAAAGCCCCUCCCCCUUCUCGUCACGCCAAACGCAAGCCUCGCUCCGAGCCGAUCAAACUCCAUGAGGCGACCAUCUCAGCAAGAGCGGAGUACCACCGCCUACGUACAAUUCUACUUCGCCUGUCUGCCAAAGACAUCCCACCGCGCUUGCGAGACUCCGACCUCAAGCACUUCACCGUGCUCCACAGCCAGAGGAAUGCAGGCGACACCCAACGAGUGCCACACUGGAUCUGGUCCUCCGCAAAGUGGGUGGAGAAUAUAUCCGACAAGGACCAGAAGCGAUUCGCACUGGCUAAACUGAAGGUAUUGUGGUUCCGCACGAAGGCGGCUACGGCGCGAUGGGAGGAGGAGGUGUAUCUCUGCUCUGAGGAGAUGUACCGAAUCCUGGGAAUGUGGACGUACGAAAAAACACGCUGGGGAGAGAUGGCAAACCAGCUGCAUUUGGACGUCAACAGCGGCGAGGCGGUGUACUACAGGGGGUGA